AUGGAGCAGGUUCAGCGCAUUCGCAACAUGUGGCAGUUUGCCAACUUGUGCCAAUGGAUAUACAUCUUUGGUGAAGCUGCCUCAAUUGACGAUUCGGUUGACAUUGAAUGUAUUGAGGCAGAGUGUCUCAAGCCGAACUCGACGAUUCUAAACGAUGUUGCAUUAGCCCUCCUGAAGAUGGUGUCUUCACAACGUGGUCUCACGCAUACAUCAUUCGAUGACCAAGCUCGACGACAGUACAUCUUGAAAUUACCAGACUCCAAUCCAUUCGGCAACGAAGACGAGCCAAAGGCCUUUGCUGACCUCGAUAUAUUUACGAAAAUCAGAGUGAUGCAACAAUUCACCCAAUGGAUCAUGAUUCGGCCGGAACUCCUUCGGGAGAAAAUGAAGGAGCAAAAGGAUACAGAGCAAACGACCUGGCGAAUCGAACCUUACGGUUGGGAUAGCGACGACCGUACCUACUACGUUCUUGAUGACAAUCGAGUAUAUCGCCUGUCAGAAGCCCCUCCGAGCCAUAAAGCCGCCAGCUCCAAGCCUGCCCGUCAGCCUCGGCGUUCGGGCAAACGACGACGAAUAUCCGAAGCAAUCGACGACGAUAUUGCCCCCGUCAGCAUUGAGCCCGAGGCCGACUUUGAAGAUAGCCAUCUAGGGGGUAUGGUUUGGGAGUGUGUUGCAGUGACUCUUGAAGAAGUUCAGACCCUCGUUAACAACAUGGCCUCAUCACGAGAUGAAAACGAAAAAAUACUCCGAAGACAAUUGCGGGAUCAUCUUGUGCCAAUUCUAGAAAAGCAAGAAGAGGAUCGAAACCGCCGGAAGUUGAAACGCGAGAAAGAGCUGCAAACGCUCGCCAAGUUGGCUAAUGCUAAACGGUCAAGUCGAAUUGCGAUGAAGGCGGAGCAGCGGCAGCAAGAAGAAACUGCAAAGAUUGAGCAAGAGCAGCUCAGAGAAGCAGCCGCAAUUCAGCAGCGUGAAGAGCAAAAACGGGAAAAGGUUCAAAGGGAGCUUGAAACGAGACUCGUUUCCAGAGAGCAACGAUUGAAGAAAAGAGAGGAGCGUCGCCUGGUCCGCGGCGAGAGCGGUACGCCAGCUUCUGUAGACGAGGGCAGCGAAGCCGCCGCACCAGAUGGAACGUCUCAACAAUCUCAAACUCAGCUUGAAAUCGGUGCGAAUCCCUUGGGUACCAAAGAAAAGCAGGAGGAAGAGGAGGGGUGGGUGUUUGAUUGCUCAUGCGGCUUGUAUGGGCAGGUUGAUGAUGGCAACCACAGCGUUGCCUGUGAACGCUGCAAUGUAUGGCAGCAUAGCAAGUGUCUGGGCAUCAGCGAAGCUGCUGCUGAUCACCCAGACUUUCAUUUCAUUUGUGCUUCUUGUCGUCAAAAAGGCACGCAUGACGUGGCACCGAAAAGCCUCUCGCCACCCAAGCCUGAAGCCAAGCUUGAAGCCAAGCAUGGCGUCGAGCAAACAACUGAGCCCACCGCUGUCAACCUUGAGCCUGCUACUACUAUCAAAGUCGAGCUUCCUGUUGUCAGUAUUGGGAUGAAUGCUGUCAACGUCGAGCCCGCUGUCGUUAAUACUGAGCCUUCUGCGGCUAUUCGCACUGAGCCUGCUGCCGCCAUUACUCCUGGACCUGCUGCUGCUAUUCACACUGAGCAUGUUGAUGCGAUCCGUACUGAGCCUGCUGCUAUGAAUAGCGAGCAUAGAGCCAUCGACACUGGUUCAAUCUAG